ACGAAGUUCAAAUAUUCUAGAAAGUUGUAGCAUUUGGUGAGAUCUUUCGUUUAAGACCUCAUUCAUCAAAAUCGGUCACAUAGAACCGGAGAUAUGACUUUUUGAAUUUUGUGAACUUUGACCCCUCAUAUCUCCGGUUCUGUUUUAACCACAGCGCACGUACGCACCAUUUUGGAAACGUCCUAGACUGGACUACAACAUACUAAAAUUUCAUUAACUUGCACAAUGCCGUUUUCUAGAAAAGUGACUUUGAAUUUCGAUGAAUUUUGACGCUAUCACAGCGCCACCUGUGGUGACUUUUUUGAACUUCCAUCUGAAAGUGCUCAUCGAGACGAAACCAAAAAGGUAAAAUUUAGGUCGCUAUGUUAGUUAGAACCGGAGAUAGAGGCCGGUCAAUGUUCGAACUUUGACCCCUUAUAGCUCGGGUCAGGGGUUAUGGAUCGACUUAAGGUUUUUUUUGUUUGAUAGGUAUAAUCAACGGCUACAACAUACUAAAAUUUCAGCCCGAUGCACAAUGGAAUUUUUGAGUUAUUUAACUUUUAAGAUUUAAAAAUUUUCUUUUUAAUAAUAGCGCCCCUAGCGGUGGUUUUAUGAACUUGCGAUGUUAGAAGGGGAAGUGGCAUUUCACGAGAGCUUUCCAAAAAGCCCCCACUUUUUAAAUUCUGACAAUUAGAACCGGAGUUAUGGCCAUUUUAAGAAAUUUUUUUUGGACCCUUAUAGCUCGGGUCAGGGGGGUCGGGGGACCUUAAGUUUGGUAUUGAUGGAAAGCUCUAAGGCCCAGCUAUAACAUACUAAAAUUUGAGCCCGCUCGAUGCCAUAGGGGCGGAGCUAUUGAGAAAACAAAAAAAGGGGGGUCUUCAAAAUGGCGGAAGGAGGGGUGGGGGGUGGGGGGUCAAUGCACCAAGUUGCAAUUUUCACCCGAUAUAUAACCUUUGCCGAAAACCGCAAGUCGAUAUCUCUUUUAGUUUAGGAGCUAUUAAGCUCCAAAGAGCGGCCGGCCAGCCGGCCGGCCGGCCGGGAACGUAAAUUAGCCACAUAUAUAUUCGUGAUCAGGAAGUGCUGAAACACGUUUUGGCCAAGUUUGAGGUCGAUCGGACGACAUGAAAUUUUGUUAGGAUUAUAGUAGGUGAGAUUGUUAAGAAUCUCACCUAAUAUAUAUGUAAAAAAUCAGGAAAAAACUGUUAAUUUUUUUGCCUAAAAUAUUAGAGAAAUAAAUUAAAUAAAACGCAUAGAAAAAUUGACGCCUUUUCCCCACCUGGCUUCACAGACGAACGUCAUCAUAAUCUAUUGAACCUGACCUUUCGGCAAUCAUAUAAAUCUCUUCCCCUCGCACACUUAUGCAAUGAAUUGAAUAAUCGCGAUCGCGCAUUUUACCGCAAAAAAAAUCAUAUAAAGUUAUAAAAUAAAUUCUCAGAGUCUUUUGGUACCCAGAUCACCUUGUACUUGAAAAUACUUGAAGUGGCUAUAUUCCCUGUAGUAACUUUUUUGCUCGCAAACAAUGCAAAGUGUAAAUAUAUUGAAAAGGUUUUACAAUUGAAAUUUUUAACUUCAACGGUUCUUCAAAAAGUUAAUGACUUCCUUAGUUUAGUUUGUUGAUGUUUAGUGGUGAUCUGUAUAUGUUGAUUUCCUGAUUUAAAUAAAGCUUUAUAAUAACAAAAACGUGUGACUAAUUUUCGUGAUAGCCAAAAGCUAUUUUUGUAUUUCAAAAAAUUAAAAAAAAAAUAAUUAGAACUUGUAAAUUUUUGCCUGUCACCAACUUUUCCUACGGUAGAAAAAGAAAUCUCUGUGCAGGAGAUGUUGAUGUGGUUGUAACUCCCAAGGCAUCCACCUCGCAACAACAUGAUCAUCUUAUCGAAAGGCAUUUGCAAAGUAACUGCCAGUGAGUUUAAAUCGUUUCUCAGAUAUGCUUCUAACGCGGAUUAAAGUGAUUGGAAUCUUCCUAGGGAUCACUAUCCUUACAUUCCCACCAAUUUCCCAUGCUAAUGCCUUCCUCAAUCCCUCUUCGAUACAACUCGUGAGUGAAUUAAUUGUGAAUGUGACUAAGAAUGGUGCUGAAGUGCCCAAUAUUGAUCUUGAAACGAUGUUUGGAUUGACAUUUCCACGGAGGAAGCUUCAAGAAUCUUAUGACUUCGUGAUUGUGGGUAGUGGUCCAGCUGGAUGUGUCUUGGCAAAUCGUUUAUCAGCAGACAAGAGAUUUUCAGUACUGCUCUUAGAAGCUGGACGUCCGGAAAUUCCCUUCACUUCGGACAUUCCUAUGGGAUCUCCAAAUCUUCAAUCCACACCAUUCAAUUACGGAUACACCACAGAACCUCAGAAGAAUGCCUGUUUUGGGGUUUUGGGCAGGAGGUGCCGCUUUCCACAUGGACGUGUCCUUGGUGGAUCUAGUGUAAUAAAUUACAUGAUUUACACACGAGGUAAUCGCCUGGAUUUCGAUUCCUGGGCUGAAGCUGGCAAUGAAGGAUGGAGUUACCGAGAUAUUCUCCCGCUUUUUAUUCGAUCUGAAAAUUCAACGGUCCAAGAUCUCUUGAACAGUCCCCUCCAUGGACAUUCCGGUGAAUCUCCUGUGGAGGACAAUCCUUUCAGAACCCCCGUGGCUGAAGCUUUCGUAGCAUCAGUGGAAAAAAUGGGCUUCAACAGAAUCGAUUACAAUUCUGGAGAGCAAAUCGGAGUAUCCUUCCUGCAGCAAAAUACAAGACUUGGCAGAAGAAUUUCAGCCGCUAGAGCCUUCCUGGAGCCAAUAAAAUACAGGAAAAAUCUUCAUAUCUUCACAAGCAGUCCUGUCUUAAAACUGGAAUUCGAUCGAAAGAAUCGCGUGAGGGGUGUUUUUGCACUCGUGGAUAAGAAUGUGCGAAAAAUCCGUGCUAAGAAAGAAGUGAUUCUCUCAGCUGGAUCCUUUGAGAGUCCCAAGCUUCUCACUCUGUCUGGUAUUGGUCCUAAAGAUGAUCUAAGAGACCUGGGCAUACCUGUGGUUAGAGAUCUUCCGGUAGGGAAACUAAUGUACGAGCACCUCUCAGUAUUUGGGCCAAUUUUUACCAUGAACCCAAUGCACGAUGGACUGAUCAACUUCGAUCGGAUCAUUAAUGCAAGGACAAUUGUUGAUUACUUUUAUGGCAAAGGUCCUUUCACAAUGAACGGCGUAGAGUCUUUAAUGUACUUCAACACUAAUUCUUCAUCUGGAAGUGAUCCUAAUAUUCCGGACAUUGAAAUGAUGCAAGCUUUUUCAACGGUGGCAUUUGAUUCUGGGAGUGGAACAAGACUUGGUCUUGGUCUUACAAAAUCCCUCUAUGAAGAUGUUUUUGCACCACUUGAAAAUCUCCGGGCUUUUCUCUUCCUGCCCAUGUUGCUCCACCCUAAAAGUCGUGGGUUUAUGAAGAUUCGUUCUAAGGACCCUUUUAGACAUCCUGAAUUCUACCCCAAUUUCCUCUCCCAUGAAAAUGAUGUUCAGGCAUUUCUAAAGGCAAUUAAAAUGGGGAUAGAGAUUGGACAACAGGAAGAGUUCCAGAAACUGGGGGUAUCUCUCUACAUGCCUACAAUACGAGGUUGCGAGGGAACAGUGAAAGGGACUGAAGACUAUUGGAGAUGCUACAUAAAGUACCUAUCUUUUCCUCUUCAUCAUCAAGUAGCGACGUGUAGGAUGGGUCAGGAUGCCCAGAGUGUUGUGGACAAUCACUUAAAGGUCCAUGGAUUUGAGAAUCUUCGAGUUGUAGAUACAAGCAUCAUCCCUGAAAGUCCUUCCGGACACACAAAUGCAUACAGUUUGAUGAUUGGAGAAAAAGCAGCGGAUCUUAUUUUAAAUUCCUGGCGAGGAAAUUCCAACAAGAUAAGAUCGACCAGGAAUCAGCGAUUGUCAAGACAUCGGAGGUCACAAUUUGAUUGGCAGAAAGAUGACUCUGUACAGGAGUCUCAAAGUCAGAAAAGUCCGUUUUGGGAAAUUUUUCAGGAGGUAACAACAGAAAUUCAGAGGGUAGAAUCCAGUUCAAUUGCAACGGAAGCCAGUGACUUGAAGUUCAUCCUGAGGCCAGAUACGGAAGACUACAAAAAUCUAACAGAUAAAAAUAUCAUGGAAAUGAUAAUGAGAGACUUCCCUUCAGCCGAUGAAGACAGCAUAAAGAGUAUAACUCUUCCAGAUGGGGUUGUCUAUGGAAAGGGUCAGGGACACCCCCGGGCAAUAAGUGAGGCCCUUGAUCAGGCUACAACUACAUUUUACGAUGACAGAGACCUAUCAAUUGAUAAUGAAACCUACGCUACGCGACUCAUCCCAAAGAAAACCAAAAGAUCCUUCGAUUCACUGAAUCAGGAGGAUGUUUAUGAUUUUAGAAAAAUUCUCUCAAAUACAUGGAAGGCUACAAAUGAUGGAAUUUAUCAGAUGUCAGAAUUCUUUAGAAAAUUUCUAGAUCCAGGAAAAGAUCGCGAAUGGUGAAAUAAAUAAAUUUAUAGAAAUUAUGAA